GGACUUUAACGUUGAAAGUGCAAGUUGGGCCUAUCCUGGUCUCUCAGACUAAUCAAAACCCUAGUUAUAUAUUUUAGUAUAUCACCGCAUUAUCGCCUCCAGCAGCUUCUUCUACUGACAACAUCGUCCCAGCCUGUGCAGAGUCGUAUAAUCGUUCGCCGUUGAAAAUGUCGAGGAGGAAGACCAGAGAGCCUAAGGAAGAAAAUGUAACACUUGGACCUGCUGUCCGAGAUGGCGAGAUUGUGUUUGGCGUUGCCCACAUUUUUGCUUCAUUUAAUGAUACCUUCAUUCAUGUUACUGACUUGUCUGGAAGAGAAACCAUGGUUCGUAUUACUGGUGGCAUGAAGGUAAAGGCUGACCGUGAUGAGUCUUCCCCAUAUGCUGCUAUGCUUGCUGCACAGGAUGUUUCACAACGAUGCAAGGAACUAGGCAUCACCGCUCUUCAUAUUAAACUGAGGGCUACAGGUGGGAAUAAGACCAAGACCCCAGGUCCAGGUGCCCAGUCUGCACUCAGAGCCUUGGCUCGUUCAGGAAUGAAAAUUGGACGAAUUGAGGAUGUUACCCCAAUUCCCACCGACAGCACUCGUAGGAAGGGUGGUAGAAGAGGAAGACGUCUGUGAUUCUUAUCCGUUGUGUUCUUAAGCAUGUCACCAGUUACUGUCAGAGCACAAUAUCUUAUGUUUCUUUUGAAAAUUCAUGUAGUUUGGGAGUAUUUUUCCAGUGGCAUCUGUUGAUUCUGAUAUUAAAAUUUCAGAUUUUCAGAUAUUUUUUUCGGUUUAAUCAAGUUUAUUGGUUACAUUACUUAUAA